UCAGCGGCUCCCAACGUGCGCGGCUGCCUCUCGCCCCCUCUCCUCUCGGCCGCGCUCUCCCUCUCUCGCUCUCGCCGCUUGCGCAAUGUCUCCCUGAAGAAAAGCGUAAAGUGUUAAAUGUUUGAAACACAAAACCGCCGAGUUUCACAUGCUGCAAAAGGACUCCGCUGCUCGUGCGCGCGGCACCGCUGUGUCCGUGCGUUAGACUCCGCACAGAAAAACUCCUGCGCUCUGACGCCCGCGAGUCCGCGGCUGCACCCGGGGACCAAGAAAAGCUCGUUUUUCACUCUCCAGACAAACGCGUUAAAAUCAAACUGGCUCACGUUGUUCCCAACCAGCCCAGUUUGACAGCUGCUCUUCACCCCGCUUGGAGGACUGUCAGUAGCAGCAGCAGCAAGAGGAUGGCAUCAGAGCUGGCAAUGAGCAACUCCGACCUGCCCACCAGUCCCCUGGCCAUGGAAUAUGUUAAUGACUUCGAUCUGAUGAAGUUUGAAGUGAAAAAGGAGCCGGUGGAGCCCGAUCGCAACAUCAGCCAGUGCAGUCGCCUUAUCGCCGGGGGAUCCUUGUCUUCCACCCCGAUGAGCACGCCUUGCAGCUCGGUGCCCCCGUCCCCAAGCUUCUCGGCGCCCAGUCCGGGCUCGGGGAGCGAGCAGAAGUCACACAUAGAGGAUUUCUACUGGAUGCCCGGUUACCAACAGCAGUUGAAUCCAGAGGCGCUGGGCUUCAGCCCCGAAGACGCAGUCGAGGCGCUGAUCAACAACAGUCACCAGCUCCAGUCGUUCGAUGGCUAUUCCAGGAGCCAGCAGUUCGCUGGCGCAGCCGGGACAGGAGGCUCCAUGGCCGGUGAAGAGAUGGGGUCCGCCGCGGCGGUGGUGUCGGCGGUCAUCGCUGCGGCGGCGGCUCAGAACGGAGGGGCACACCACCACCAUCACCACCACCACCACCACAGUGGCGGCCACCAGGGGCCCGGCGGCCAGAGCAACGGCAUUUCUGGCACAAAUCACGCACACUUGCGCCCGGAGGACCGGUUCUCGGACGAGCAGCUGGUGACCAUGUCGGUGCGGGAGCUCAACCGGCACCUACGGGGGGUCAGCAAGGAAGAGGUGAUCCGAUUGAAACAGAAGAGGAGGACCCUAAAGAACAGAGGCUACGCGCAGUCCUGCCGCUUCAAGCGGGUCCAGCAGCGGCACGUCCUGGAGGGAGAGAAGACGCAACUCAUCCAGCAGGUCGAGCACCUAAAGCAGGAGAUCUCCAGGCUGGUCCGGGAGCGGGACGCGUACAAAGAAAAGUAUGAGAAGCUCAUCAGCACCGGUUUCAGAGAAAAUGGAUCCAGCAGCGACCACAACCCUUCAUCCCCGGAGUUUUUCAUGUCAUCGAGAAAAUUCCUCCAUCUGUGAUUUCAAGCCCGCUCCUCUGUGCCCUUGGCUUCCUGAGAUAACCUACCGGCUGAGCAGUGAUGACAUCGCGGCGGCUGACCAAUCGCAAGAAGGCACCUACAAAGCACAACAUUAGAAAAUGACUUCACGGAAGAACAAAAGACGAGACCCGCUGAAAUCCCUCGAAAUCCCUACAGCGAAAUUCUUGAAAGCCUCUUACUACUCCCGUUUCCCUACUUGAUAUUUUACAUCCAGCUUUUUUCUACAAAACACACAAAACAAAAAAAAGAAAAAGAAAAAAGAAAGAGGACUAAUACUGAUGACAUGGUUGACAACGGCGGACAGUGGAGGAACUAUUUUCUCUUGGUGGGAAGAUCACUGAUGCAUGCUUCUGUAAAUAGAUCAUGAUAAAAACCUUAUUCUUAUUCCUAUUACAGGAAGUAUACCAAGUGGCUCUCACCAACUUCAUAAACCUUCCCGACUGUGACUCAUGUUUUUUCCUAUAUGAAGUCAGUAGUCUUCUUACCACCCUAGAGACCAUGUAAUUAUCAUUUCCCUCAUCAUUUCUCUACUCGCUGGAGUUAGUUGGACUGAAAAAUUGUACUUCCUCUUCGUCUUAUUCUCUUGACAAAACAGCCUAGUCUUCCUCUCCAGUAUCUAAACAAGUACAUGUAAAUAGAGAUGAUUGACGACAACAGCAUGGAACAGAACAUAGUGUACAUGUACCACUCCCCUCGUAGAUCACAAAUCUCAGUGUGUGGAUAUUUCAGACAACCUUUUUAAAGCAUUUAAAAUAUUGAACUUGUUUUUCUGAUAGUUAAAGACAAAUCCCAGGUAUCUGGACAUUUUCCUGUGUAUAUGAAUAGAUACAUAGAGGCAGUAGCUAUAGGUAAUGUGGAUACUCGACAAACUGGCAAGAAUAAAAAGGCAGCAAUUCUUCUGGUUUCAUCACUGAACGGUCAAAGUGAAGAGGAAAAGCAGGCUGUUCAACGUUAGCCAUAUGUCUACCUUGGACUUUUUUAAACGUUUUUGUGAACAUUUAAAAAUGUUUAGUAUUGUAAUUUAUCUCUCUCAGAAGCUAUCUACUUAUUUUUCUGAUUGCAAUAACUCCCUUCCCCAUCCACACACAG